AUGAGUUUGGCAACUGCUGGCAGGUUGUACGAGCUCUCGGCUUCCGGGGCAGCUCUAAGGAGGCAAAGGACCAACUUGGUGAAAUCUAUAUGGCAUGGAAGUACUGAAAAAGAUGACGUUGCUGUCAAUGCGUUAUCAACGUUACCCAUCCAAAUGAAGUCAAAAGCCGAAUUGUAUGAACAAGUUCGGGUCGAAAACCCUCAGAAAAGUGGCUGGGGACUCAAACUUUCCCAGACAACAGCUUAUGGUAAAGCUGUGUUUCGGUUCUACAAAGAAGGUGUACGUAACGUUUGGAACAAUAAGCGAGAAAUGAACCAAUUAAUGAAAACCGAGUUCAAGAUUCAAAACCAGGUGGAUAAUAAGGGACAAAGUGUCAAUUUGAAAGUGCCCAGCUUUUCCAAACUUGUUUUCGAGCUAACUCAAGCAUUGUACAUGAACAAGAUCGAGAAUGAACAAAUUCGUUUGGCCACCAAAGGCGACGUUGUCAAAAAUGACAAGGUGGAUGUCGUUUACGAUGAACAGCUAUUCAACAUAUCUCGGUCUCAGUUCCAAUUGAUAAACAGAACCCUGAAAGAUUUCAUAAAACUACCUGCAUUUGCUGUCAUAUUCAUGAUUUUUGUGGAAAUGACCCCCAUUCUUUGCUAUGUAUUUCCUGAAAUCACUCCGCUGACGUGCGUACUUCCCUCAAUUCUCCCACGCUUGUGGGACUCUAAAAGUGCCGCAAAAGUUAGACAGCUUAGGUCAGAUGAAAGUAAAGUCGAAGAUUGGGCGCUUGAAACGGCGUAUAACAUUCCAUAUGAGUCAUUGGUACCGCUAACUGGUCAACUAGGCUUGCGCAGCAAGUACCUUCCCAGUGCAUUUUAUCCCGAAUCAUACUUGCGCAACAAGCUUCAUCGGUACUACAAUUAUUUAGUAGUCGAUAACUACUAUCUAAGCGGUUUGAACGGCAACGGAAAUGUGUGGGACUUGACUGAUGAGGAAUUGGUUCAGGCAUCGCUCGAACGGUGUCUUAUCUCCGACGUUGGAGCUUUCGUGAAGAUUCCUCCAGAAGCUAAGGCAGCCGAGCUCAAAAAAUUGCGUUUGAAGCUCCUUCGCGCUAUAAUUGAUAUGGACAACUUCAGUGUGGGUUACCUCACUGUUGGACAUCUAUUAGGCGAAAUUGAGUCUUCUUAG